CUUAGAACUCGGGAUGUGUUUAUGUCAGAAGAAUCUCAGCCGGCACUGGAGUUACCCCGUCCUCGUCAUAUCGCACAGGCGCUAAUCUUCAACAGCAAAUUAAAGAAGAAACGACCAUGCUAUGAUGAGACCACGCAUUCCUAUUGGUAACCCUUCAGUUCUCUAUGGCUCAACUGCCCAAAAACCUCACUUCCAAACAUCUCUUAAAGCUCCUCAAAUCCGAAAAGAAUCUCAACUCAGCGCUCUCUCUUUUCGACUCUGCUAGUCAACACCCGGGUUAUACCCACACCGCCGUCGUCUUCCACCACAUCCUUCGCCGCCUCUGCCUUUCCAACUCGAAUGGGAAACUUCCGCCUCGCAUUGGCGAAAUCGUUGAUAUGAUCCAAACCCAGAAAUUCCAGUGCUCUGAGGACGUUGCAUUGACUGUGAUCAAAGCGUAUUCCAAGAACUUACUCGUCGACAAAGCAGUUGAAACUUUUCAAAACAUGGUGGAAAUCUUUGGGUGCGGACCCGGUAUUAGGUCGUACAAUACUCUGCUCAACGCUUUUGUGGUGUCAAAUCAACUGAGCAAAGCGGAGUUGUUUUUUAGAUCCUUUGAGACAAUGGGGGUGGCGCCAAAUUUAGAAACCUACAACAUUUUGAUCAAGCUUUCAUGUAGAAGGAGGAAAUUUGAUAACGCUAAAGAGCUGCUGAAUUGGUUGUGGGACAACGGUUUCAAGCCUGAUGUGUAUGGUUACGGGACAUUGAUUGAUGGGCUUGCUAAAGUUGGGGAUUUGCGCAGCGCCUUGAAACUGCUCGACGAAAUGUCUGAGAGGGGUGUGAUUCCGGACGUGACAUGUUACAAUAUCCUAAUUAAUGGUUUUUUCAAGAAAGGGGAUUUAGCGGGAGCUAAUGAGACGUGGGAGAGGAUGAUAAGGGGAUCAAGUGUCUAUCCAAGUGUGAUUAGCUAUAAUGUUAUGAUUAGUGGGUUGUGCAAAUGCCGAAGGUUUACUGAGGCUCUGGAGUUGUGGAGCAGAAUGAGGAAAAAUGAGCGGAAAAUGGAUUUGUUUACAUGUAGCUCGUUGAUUCAUGGGCUGUGUGAGUUAGGGAAUAUAGAUGGGGCAGAGGCAGUUUUUGCAGAAAUGAUUGACACUAAGGUGUUUCCUGACGUUGUUGUUUAUAAUGCAAUGCUUAAUGGAUAUGGCCGGGCUGGGGAUAUUAGGAGGAGCUUUGAGUUGUGGGAGUUGAUGGGAAGGGAGGGUUGUCGCAAUAUUGUUAGCUUCAACAUUUUUAUGAGAACUUUAUUUGAGAAUGGAAAGGUGGAUGAAGCAAGUGCACUUUGGAAGCUCUUGGUGGAGACUGAACUAUCUGCUGAUUCUGCAACUUAUGGAACUUUAGUUUAUGGGUUUUGUCAGAAUGGACUCCUUUUCAGGGCUUUGUUGGUUUUGGAAGAGGCAAAAGAUAAAGGAAAUGUUCUUGAUGCUUUUGCAUAUUCAGCAAUGAUUUCUGGGUUAUGCAGAGAAGGUACACUAGACAAAGCAGUUAGGGUGCUUGCUCAGAUGAUCAAAUGCGGCUGUAAACCAAAUUCCCAGUUGUGCAAUGCACUUAUUGAUGGAUUUGUCCAAGCUUCUAAGAUGAAGGAUGCUCUCAAGCUUUUACACAAAAUGAACAGCAUAAACUGUUCCCCAAAUAUUGUCACUUAUAACACGAUUAUAGAUGGACUGUGCAAAGGUGAAAGGUUUGCUGAAGCAUAUGAGCUUGUGAAGGAAAUGCUGGAAAAAGGAUGGAAGCCGGAUAUGAUUACAUAUAGCUUGUUAAUGAGAGGUCUUUGUCAAGGCUAUAAGAUUAACUUGGCCCUUAACUUGUGGAGCCAAGUUGUCAGCAAGGGUUUGACGCCAGAUGUUACCAUGCACAAUAUAAUGAUUCAUGGCCUCUGUUUGGCUGGCAAAAUUGACGUUGCUUUACAUCUGUAUCUCAACAUGAGUCAGUUGAACUGUGUGCCAAACCUUGUUACUCAUAAUUCUCUAAUGGAGGGCUUUUAUAAAGCCAGGGACUGCAAAAAUGCAUUAGUCAUCUGGGCUCGCAUUUUGAGAGGUUGGCUUCAGCCAGACAUCAUUUCAUAUAAUAUCACCCUCAAAGGACUUUGUUCUUGCAAUAGAAUGUCGUAUGCAAUGUCAUUCUUGAAUGAUGCUUUGAGUAAGAAAAUUGUUCCUACCAUAAUCACUUGGAACAUACUUGUCAGAGCAGUUCUUAUUGAACGGGCUUCAACAUGAUCUUGGUUCUAGAUCUUGAAAACUUGAGUCUCAUAUGGUUAAACGUUGGUGUUCGAAUUUAUGUGAACUCCACUCAAGCAAGACAAGUUCCUGCUAUCGGUAUGCAAUAGUUUGAAGUUCAUAUUGCAAGUCAACUCUCUCAGGUUCUCAAGUUACCUCCUGGAUGUGAAAUGACAGAUAUUACAGACUAUAUGAGCAUUACUUUCUUUCUUCAAAGAAGUGAUAUUUGAAUAGUGUUUCCCAAGAUUAAGGAUCUACUGCUUUUCGUGUUCUGCAUCCUAAGAUUAUUUUGGUCUUGCAGGUUAGUUGCAAAAAGCAUUGGUCAUGUCAACUGUGAAGGCACAUUUGCGUUCGAAGUUCCUAGAAUCUUGGUAUCCAAGUCACCAAACCCUUAUUCCUGUCAUAAAUGCAUAUAAUUCUGGACUUCUUGUCCACGUGAAAGUUGCUUUGAGAGUUUGUAAGGCAUAAGCCAUUAUAUGGUAACUGUGGUGAAUUUUUGGUUCAGGUACGGAUGGAUUGAAUAGAUGAAUCAUGUCUACUUACAGCAUUGGGCUUAAGGUUUGAGUAGGUUGAUAAUUUUUCCUGGAAGUUUUGUUAGCAAACUGAUUUGCACUUAAUUUUGCAGCUUCUUUGCUGAACCAGAGUUUAGCUGGCCUAAGUGAUAGUAGUACAUGCAGCAAUUUUAAGUGAUUUGUUACAGAGGAGUUGAGAAAGCAAACCCACCAAGAUUGCUCCAAGAACUGCUACCUUACGCCAGUCAGAUGAUGAAGUGAUCGACGCAUCACA